AUGGUAACAGAAUUUUUGGACCUUUCCAGCUGUUCCUUACAUACUGUACCCCUUCUUCACAACCUCUGGAGGCUCCGUACAAUUCUUCUGGCUCAGAAUGCAAUCUUGCACUUGGGUGAUGGAUCCUUGAAGGGCUUGCAGAGUCUUCAAAUCUUGGACCUAAAUGGAAAUAAAAUAGGAAAUCUAAGUGUGAGUUUUUCCUUGGGUCUUGAGUCUCUCACACACCUCUUUCUGGCACAUAACCUUUUGCAAAGUAUUUCUAAAUACAGUUUACAACACUUGCAUAAUCUAGAGCUAUUGAAUCUUCAAGGAAAUCUCAUUUUUUUCCUGGAUUCUGGAGCUUUUAGGUCUCUAACUAAACUUCGGCAUCUUGUCCUAAAGAACAACCUGCUGCAGAGCUUAGGGAAUGAUAUCUUCUCUGUCCUACAAAGACUUGAAUUCCUUGAUUUAUCAGGAAAUCAGAUAAGCAGUCUGCCUUCUGGAGUGUUCACACCUCUCUAUUCUCUGACGUUCCUCAAUCUACAAAACAACCAGUUACGCCAUCUACUCUUCCAAACUCUGAGUAGCUUGCCAUCGCCUGGGACUCUACUCUUGUUGUCAUCAAAUCCAUGGGAAUGUGAUUGUGAUUCGCAGCGUAUGUUUGGCAAGUUGAGAAGUUUGCAGAGAAUCAGUCUACAAGAUGGAGAAGAUCUGAACUGUGCAGAUCCCCCAGCAUUGAAGGGGAGAGCCAUUACCUCACUGCACACUCAGCUCUGUGUAGCAGAGACUGUAACUGUGCUGAUGAUCAGCCUAACUGUAGUAGUCACUGUGGUUGGUGCCAUAGUGACUGCAGACAGAAGCCGCAAAAAGAGCCCCAGAAAUCAUGGGAAUGAAAUGUCUGGACAAGAAUAAAGAGCUAAUGCAUGAAAGGAAACCAUUAGAUUGUACCAUAUAAAAAGCUGGCAA